GUCACAGAGCUGGCGGGCUACACGACGCGUGUCUACAACAUGUUCCAUGUGUUUGGCGAGGUGCAGAGGGGCGUGUACAAGCGCUCAUCCACAUCGACCACGGGAACAGGAGAGAAGAAGAACGUGGCCAGACCAGAGAUGCACAUCGACGGGCCUUUGGAAAUCAAAGGUAGACUGUCUGAGAUGUUAAGCAUUUUGUACAUAUUUGUCAAGAGGUACAUAGGAUACACAUACACAUUCUGAGACACUCAAAUGUCAUCCUAUUCCCUAUUCGGUAGCCUGGUAACCGAAAGGUUGCCGGUUCGAAUCCCCGAGCUGCAUGCAGGGAGUAAGCCGGCAGCCGGAGGGUUACCAGCUUCAAUGAUAUUUGUGCGUCUGUAACUUUCACACUCAUCAUUAUUCACAAUUCAUUCAGGAUAUUCUGUAAUCAUGAUAGCAUCCACAUGAACGUAGAAGUGUUCAGAAACAUAAUCUAUUCCAAAAUGACACAAUAUUCAUCAUUCAUUUCUAUUGGGCACAAAAUAAUCUGAAACACAACCAAAACAAACAGCAAAUGCAUCCAAGAAGUUUGUAGAGACACAAGAUUGAUGUAGUCAUUGCGUGCUAGGAAUAUGUGACCAAAUACUCUGCGGCAAGGAGAAGGGCCUCUAAAAUGUUCAGUCGCCUGGAGUGACAAGUUACAGCGUAUAUUUGUAGCAUUUGAUGCAUUCAUUUUUUUUAUUUUUUUUAUUUAACCUUUAUUUCAUAGUCUUUUGGGGUUUUUCAAUUAGAUACAGUACAUUCGGAAAGUAUUCAGACCCAUUGACUUUUUCUACAUUUUGUUAUGUUACAGCCUUAUUCUAAAAUGGAUUAAAUAAAUGUUUUCCUCGUCAAUCUACAAACAAUACCCCAUAAUGAGAAAGUGAAAAUAAGUUUUUUUGUAAAAAAUGUUUGCAAAUGUAUUAAAAAUACAUGGAAACAGGUUCAUCCUGUUUCCAUUGAUCAUCCUUGAGAUGUUUCUACAACUUGAUUGGAGUCCACCUGUGCUAAAUUCAAUUGAUUGGAUAUGAUUUGGAAAGGCACACACCUGUCUAUAUAAGGUCCCACAGUUGACAGUGCAUGUCAGAGCAAAAACCAAGCCAUGAGUUCGAAGGAAUUGUCCGUAGACCUCAGAGACAGGAUUGUGUCGAGGCACAGAUCUGGGGAAGGGUACCACAAAAUGUCUGCAGCAUUCAAGGUCCCCAAGAACACAGUGGCCUUCAUCAUUCUUAAAUGGAAGAAGUUUGGAAUCACCAAGACUCUUCCUAGAGCUGGCCGCCCGGCCAAACUGAGCAAUCGGAGGAGAAGGGCCUUGGUCAGGGAGGUGACCAAGAACCCGAUGGUCACUCUGACAGAGCUCCAGAGUUCCUCUGUUGAGAUGGGAGAACCUUCCAGAAAGACAACCAUCUCUGCAGCACUCCACCAAUCAGGCCUUUAUGGUAGAGUGGCCAGACGGAAGACACUCAUCAGUAUAAGGCACAUGACAGCCCGCUUGGAGUUUGCCAAAAGGCUCUCAGACCAUGAGAAACAAGAUUCUCUGGUCUGAUGAAACCAAGAUUGAACUCUUUGGCCUGAAUGCCAAGCGUCACGUCUGGAGGAAACCUGGCACCAUCCCUGCGGUGAAGCAUGGUGGUGGCAGCAUCAUGCUGUGGGGAUGUUUUUCAGCGGCAGGAACUGGGAGACUAGUCAGGUUCGAGGGAAAGAUGAACGGAGCAAAGUAUAGAGAUCCUUGAUGAAAACCUGCUCCAGAUGGCUCCGGACCUCAGACUGGGGCAAAGGUUCACCUUCCAACAGGACAACGACCCUAAGCACACAGCCAAGACAAAGCAGGAGUGGUUUCGGGACAAGUCUCUGAAUGUCCUUGUGUGGCCCAGCCAGAGCCCGGACUUGAACCCGAUUUAAAAAAUCCCUGGAGAGACCUGAAAAUAGCUGUGCAGCGACGCUCCCCAUCCAACCUGACAGAGCUUGAGAGGAUCUGCAGAGAAGAAUGGGAGAAACUCCCCAAAUACAGGUGUGCCAAGCUUGUAGUCAUACCCAAGAAGACUUGAGGCUGUAAUCGCUGCCAAAGGUGCUUCAACAAAGUGCUGAGUAAAGGGUCUGUAUACUUAUGUAAAUGUGAUAUUUCCAUAAAUUUCUAAAAACCAGUUUUUUUCUUUGUCAUUAUGCGGUAUUGUGUGUAGAUUGAUGAGGGGGAAAAACAAUUGAAUCCAUUUUAGAAUAAGCCUGUAACGUAACAAAAUGUGGAAAAAGUCAAGGCGUCUGAAUACUUUCCGAAUGCACUGUAAAUGCAGAUGUGCCAUCCCAAGCUUCAGCCUAUUUAUUUCAGGCUACAGGUUAUAAUGCUUUUAAAGGGAAAAUUAUAUUUCAAAUUGUGUCAACAUAAUUAUAUAUUCUUUCAUUUUGGAGUAGAAUGUCCUUUUCAAAGUCACCAGAAGUGACCUCGUCACAGACGUUCCCCCCCACUCUAAUUUUGCCACCGCUGCUGAAAAAAAUCCUAGGGGAAACACUGACAUUUGACCAGAGACCUAUGGGCCUUUGUAAAAAGUAGUGCACUAUAAAGGGAAUAGGGUGCAAUUUGGGACAGAGCCUCGGCUAAUCCUGUGCUGUGUAUCUUUCUUGAUGUUCUUUCUGACCAUCUUGGUCUAAAGCCAGAUAUCCAUCCUCAGCAUCAAACGACUCAGCUGUAAUCAUGAUAUACAGUGAGGGAAAAAAGUAUUUUAUCCCCUGCUGAUUUUGUACGUUUGCCCACUGACAAAGAAAUUAUCAGUCUAUAAUAUUUAUGAUAGGUUUAUUUGAACAGUGAGAGACAGAAUAACAACAACAAAAAUCCAGAAAAACGCAUGUCAAAAAUGUUAUGAAUUGAUUUACAUUUUAAUGAGGGAAAUAAGUAUUUGACCCCCUCUCAAUCAGAAAGAUUUCUGGCUCCCAGGUGUCUUUUAUACAGGCAACGAGCUGAGAUUAGGAGUACGCUCUUAAAGGGAGUGCUCCUAAUCUCAGCUUGUUACCUGUAUAAAAGACACCUGUCCACAGAAGCAAUCAAUCAAUCAGAUUCCAAACUCUCCACCAUGACCAAGACCAAAGAGCUCUCCAAGGAUGUCAGGGACAAGAUUGUAGACCUACACAAGGCUGGAAUGGGCUACAAGACCAUCGCCAAGCAGCUUGGUGAGAAGGUGACAACAGUUGGUGCGAUUAUUCGCAAAUGGAAGAAACACAAAAGAACUGUCAAUCUCCCUCGGCCUGGGGCUCCAUGCAAGAUCUCACCUCGUGGAGUUGCAAUGAUCAUGAAAACUGAGGAAUCAGCCCAGAACUACACGGGAGGAUCUUGUCAAUGAUCUCAAGGCAGCUGGGACCAUAAUCACCAAGAAAACAAUUGGUAACACACUACGCCGUGAAGGACUGAAAUCCUGCAGCGCCCGCAAGGUCCCCCUGCUCAAGAAAGCACAUAUACAGGCCCGUCUGAAGUUUGCCAAUGAACAUCUGAAUGAUUCAGAGGAGAACUGGGUGAAAGUGUUGUGGUCAAAUGAGACCAAAAUCGAGCACUUCGGCAUCAACUCAACUCGCCGUGUUUGGAGGAGGAGGAAUGCUGCCUAUGACCCCAAAAACACCAUCCCCACCGUCAAACAUGGAGGUGGAAACAUUAUGCUUUGGGGGUGUUUUUCUGCUAAGGGGACAGGACAACUUCACCGCAUCAAAGGGACGAUGGACGGGGCCAUGUACCGUCAAAUCUUGGGUGACAACCUCCUUCCCUCAGCCAGGGCAUUGAAAAUGGGUCGUGGAUGGGUUUUUCAGCAUGACAAUGACCCAAAACACACGGCCAAGGCAACAAAGGAGUGGCUCAAGAAGAAGCACAUUAAGGUCCUGGAGUGGCCUAGCCAGUCUCCAGACCUUAAUCCCAUAGAAAAUAUGUGGAGGGAGCUGAAGGUUCGAGUUGCCAAACGUCAGCCUCGAAACCUUAGUGACUUGGAGAAGAUCUCCAAAGAGGAGUGGGACAAAAUCCCUCCUGAGAUGUGUGCAAACCUGGUGGCCAACUACAAGAAACGCCUGACCUCUGUGAUUGCCAACAAGGGUUUUGCCACCAAGUACUAAAUCAUGUUUUGCAGAGGGGUCAAAUACUUAUUUCCCUCAUUAAAAUGCUAAUCAAUUUAUAACAUACAUUGACAUGCAUUUUUCUGGAUUUUUAUGUUGUUAUUCUGUCUCUCACUGUUCAAAUAAACCUACCAUUAAAAUGAUAGACUGAUCAUUUCUUUGUCAGUGGGCAAACGUACAAAAUCAGCAGGGGAUCAAAUACUUUUUUCCCUCACUGUAAGAUGUUUUAUUGUCACAUACACCGGAUAGGUACAGUGAAAUGUGUUGUUUUACAGGGUCAGCCAUAGUAGUACAGCGCCCCUGGAGCAAAUUAGGGUUAAGUGCCUUGCUCAAGGGUACAUUUCACCAUGUCAGCCCAGUAUUCAAACAAGCCACCUUUCGGUUAUUGGCCCAACGCUCUUACCGCUAGGCUAAUACUAACGGUGAACGUGUGCAUCUGGACAUACUCUUCAUUAACACAGCUAGUUAGUCAGUUGGCCACAUCCUCAGUAUCUACAGCUGCACUCUUUUACACUUUCUCACACUUUUUAUAUGCUGCCACACAUUUUUCUGGCAGCCACAUGUGCUCUCGUUGACUGAACUGAUCAUAUUAAUUAUUAAUCAACACACAAUGACUGAUUUCUCCUUUGUUUUUUGUCUUUGUCUUCUGCAGGAAGAGUCAUCGAUGUGGAUAAUGGCAUCGUGUGUGAGAGUGUCCCUAUCAUCACUCCCAAUGGAGACAUAGUGGUCUCCAGCCUCAACUUCAAGGUGAGAAAUAACACAGCAAAAUCCUGGCCGAUGUUCAGUAGUGAAAAAACGUUUUCAAAUUAAGUGAAAUACUUCAAAUUAAGUACUACCUGAACUUAUCCAAUAAGAAAACAUAUUUUUGUCUUCCAUUUCCAAAGUGUUGUGAAAAUGUUUCCUACGAAAGAUCCUGCCCAGCAUCCUACUAAAUCAUUCUAAAUGUUACAGUACCUGUGAUGUGUUUGCUGUUACUAUAUUUUCCUAAUCCUCCAGCCAUCUUCCCCCAGGGUAGGGUGCUUUGUCCUUUGUUAUGUUACCAGGAAAUUAGCUCACUUUGAGAUUUGCAUUUCUUUUUUAAGUGAACCCUGGCUAAGAGAAGGAAGCACACAUGUAAUUAUCACACACGCACACACACACUAAAUUGCAUAGUAUAAAAUAAGGACAGUAUGGCUUCCUAAUACUCGACAUAAACCAUGACAAAAAAAUAUGUAGGGACUACUUACAGUCAAGUGAUUCAGACUAGUCUCGCUUUGCCAAACUCAUGUCAUUGGUUGUUAGACACAGCAGCUGUGAUGAGACUAUUCAGUUACUCCGAGGCUAUAACGUGUGUGUGAAUGAUGUUUCUUGCAGGUGGAGGAAGGUAUGCACCUGUUGAUCACAGGUCCUAACGGCUGUGGGAAGAGUUCUCUGUUCAGGAUCCUCAGUGGGCUGUGGCCUGUGUAUGGGGGGCUGCUGCACAAACCCUCCCCACAACACAUGUUCUACAUACCACAA